CACAUGCGGACACCGAACACCGCAUUCGAGUUGGACGAAGGCUGAGACGGAGGUUACCGAAGAGGACGCUGGUGAUUCCGCAAUAAUACAUUCGGUCAGAGCAGGCUAGAAAGCAAGCACAUGUUGAUUUAACCUAUUUUGUGGAGUUUUGUUUCCCCCUACGGACUUAAAUAAAGCGUUAAUUUAAAGACAGCUACGCUAAUAUGGAGCUUUAUAGGGAGUACUAGUUCACAACGCAGCCGGCAACAUCGAGCCAUAGCAUUGUUAGCUUAGCUUUAGCGGCUAACCGGUUGUUACCUCACCGAGACUCAAAUCAGCCGUUUUUUUUGUUUUUAUUUCCUAUUCUCGGCAUCACUUCCUUAGGAGUAUUCAGUCGCGGUUUCAUUACCGCUUUACUCUGCUGCGACCGAGAAGAGCGAGGACUGCGUCAGGUGGGAGUCUAGUUCAUCAUCAUGGACAACGCUCACACAAAGACGGUGGAAGAAGUGUACACUUUCUUCAACGUCAACGAAAGCACCGGACUGAGCUUGGAACAAUUCAAGAAGCAGCGAGAGCGAUUCGGACCUAACGAAUUGCCCGCUGAGGAAGGCAAAUCCCUUUGGGCGCUGGUGGUGGAACAGUUUGAAGAUUUGCUUGUGAGGAUCCUUCUACUGGCUGCCUGCAUAUCCUUUGUGCUGGCCUGGUUCGAAGAGGGAGAGGAAACGAUCACGGCCUUUGUGGAGCCUUUUGUCAUCCUACUUAUUCUCAUCGCCAAUGCCAUUGUGGGAGUCUGGCAGGAGCGAAAUGCGGAAAAUGCGAUCGAGGCCCUUAAGGAGUACGAGCCAGAGAUGGGCAAGGUGUACCGCCAGGAUAGGAAGAGUGUCCAGAGAAUCAAGGCCAGGGACAUUGUGCCUGGAGACAUUGUGGAGGUCGCAGUUGGCGACAAAGUGCCUGCAGACAUCAGGCUCACCUCCAUCAAGUCCACCACGCUGAGGGUCGACCAGUCCAUCCUAACAGGAGAGUCUGUGUCCGUAAUCAAACACACGGACCCCGUGCCGGACCCUCGCGCUGUCAACCAGGACAAGAAGAACAUGCUCUUUUCUGGCACCAACAUCGCGGCAGGCAAGGCCGUAGGCGUGGUGGUGGCCACAGGCGGGAACACGGAGAUCGGUAAAAUCCGGGACGAGAUGGCUGCAACGGAGCAGGAGCGCACGCCGCUGCAGCAGAAGUUGGAUGAAUUUGGACAGCAGCUCUCUAAAGUGAUCACACUCAUCUGCAUCGCCGUGUGGAUGAUCAACAUCGGACAUUUCAACGACCCUGUCCAUGGAGGCUCCUGGAUCCGUGGGGCCGUCUACUACUUCAAGAUCGCCGUCGCUCUGGCAGUGGCGGCCAUUCCUGAAGGUCUGCCUGCUGUCAUCACCACUUGCCUGGCUCUGGGCACACGCCGCAUGGCCAAGAAGAACGCCAUCGUCCGUAGCCUACCCUCAGUGGAGACCCUUGGCUGCACAUCCGUCAUCUGCUCCGACAAGACCGGAACUCUGACAACCAAUCAGAUGUCUGUGUGCAGGAUGUUCAUUAUUGACCGUGCAGACGCCGGCCAUUGUUCCUUAAAAGAAUUCACUGUCACUGGUUCUACGUAUGCUCCGGAUGGACAAGUGUUCCAAGAUGGCAAACAAGUCCAGUGUUCCAAGUACGACGCUCUGGUGGAGCUGGCCUCCAUCUGCGCUCUCUGCAACGACUCCUCACUGGACUACAACGAGACCAAAGGUGUGUAUGAGAAGGUGGGCGAGGCCACGGAGACGGCCCUCACGUGUCUGGUGGAGAAGAUGAACGUGUUUGACACGGAAGUCAAAGGACUUUCCAAGAUCGAGAGAGCCAACGCAUGCAAUUCCGUGAUCAAGCAGCUGAUGAAGAAAGAGAUCACGUUAGAGUUCUCCAGAGACAGGAAGUCCAUGUCGGUGUACUGCACCCCCAACAAGGCUCGCUCCUCUGCAGGGAAAAUGUUUGUUAAGGGAGCCCCCGAGGGAGUGAUUGACAGGUGCUCGCACGUCCGUGUGGGCCACAACAAGGUGGCCAUGACCCCCGCCAUCAAGGACAAGCUGAUGUCUGUGAUCAGGGAGUACGGCACAGGCAGGGACACUCUGCGCUGCCUGGCUCUGGCCACCAGGGACAACCCUGUGGACAAGAGUGACUUGGUCUUGGAGGACUGCACUCGCUUUAUUGCCUAUGAAACUGAUCUAACGUUUGUGGGCUGCGUGGGCAUGUUGGACCCUCCCCGGGCGGAGGUGGCAGCUUCCAUUAGACUCUGCCGUCUGGCAGGCAUUCGUGUCAUUAUGAUCACGGGUGACAACAAAGGCACGGCAGUCGCCAUUUGCAGACGCAUCGGUAUUUUCGGAGAGGACGACGACGUGUCCAGCAUGGCGUUCACCGGCCGGGAGUUUGACGACCUGUCCCCGUCGGCGCAAAGGGAGGCGGUGGUCAAGGCUCGUUGCUUCGCCCGCGUGGAGCCGUCCCACAAGUCCAAGAUCGUGGAGUAUCUGCAGUCCUACGAUGAGAUCACAGCCAUGACCGGCGAUGGCGUGAACGACGCCCCCGCUCUCAAAAAGGCGGAGAUCGGCAUCGCCAUGGGCUCUGGCACGGCGGUCGCAAAGACAGCCUCCGAGAUGGUGCUGGCUGACGACAACUUUGCUACCAUCGUGGCUGCUGUGGAGGAAGGUCGAGCCAUCUACAACAACAUGAAGCAGUUCAUCAGAUACCUCAUCUCCUCCAACGUGGGAGAGGUUGUCUGCAUCUUCUUGACGGCGGCUCUGGGCUUCCCCGAAGCUCUCAUUCCAGUGCAGCUCCUGUGGGUCAACCUGGUGACUGACGGGUUGCCAGCCACCGCUUUGGGCUUCAACCCGCCAGACCUGGACAUCAUGAACAAAUCUCCUCGCAACGCCCGCGAGCCCCUCAUCUCUGGAUGGCUGUUCUUCCGAUACCUGGCCAUCGGAUGUUAUGUUGGCGCUGCCACUGUGGGUGCUGCUGCUUGGUGGUUUGUUGCUGCUGAAGACGGACCAAGGAUCACAUUUUACCAACUGAGCCACUUCCUGCAGUGUGGUCCAGACAGUCCUGACUUCCAGGGUCUGGACUGUAAAGUGUUUGAGUCUCCUUACCCAAUGACCAUGGCCUUAUCAGUGCUGGUCACCAUUGAGAUGUGCAACGCUCUGAACAGCGUGUCUGAGAACCAGUCUCUGCUGCGUAUGCCUCCGUGGGAGAACGUGUGGCUGCUGGGGGCCAUCUGUCUGUCCAUGUCCUUGCACUUCCUCAUCCUCUAUGUGGAGCCUCUUCCAAUGAUCUUCCAGAUCACGCCCCUCAACCUGACCCAGUGGCUGGUGGUGCUGAAGAUCUCCCUGCCGGUCAUCCUGCUGGACGAGGUGCUGAAGUUCUCGGCCAGGAACUACCUGGAGGCCGGUAAAGACGUGGAGGACAAGUCCAGGGCGUGCUGCCUGUCCGCAUGCUUGGAAGGCAUCUCCUGGCCCUUCAUGGCCGUCUGCCUGCCUCUGCUGCUCUGGGUCUACAGCACCGACACUAACAUGGCCCACAUGUUCUGGUCCUGACUCACCUGACGGGCGUCCUCACUCCCCCCCCCCCCCCCCUACCUUUGCUCACCUGCACCGCCUUCAUUCCCUCCCCGCCCACUCCACGUGUGCAUGUGUGUGUUGUGUGUGUGUGUGUGUGUGUGUGUGUGCGUGCAUGUGUGUGUUGUGUGUGUGUGUGUGUGUUGUGUGUGUGUGUGUGUGUGUGUGUGCAGGAGCAUCUCCAAUACUCUAAAUGUGCUGACAAGGCACUUGUUGGCUUGCAUAGUCUAGAUUUCCUUUGAAUAUGACUUCUGCCUUUUUAACUUUUAUCCCUGGCCCGUGUACAGCGUCACCACAGCAAUUAUUAUUAUUAUUAUUAUUAUUGUUUAUCCUCCUUAUGACAACACAAGAAGGGCCCAGCAGAAAAAGGUUGAUCUGUACAGAGAGUGAACACUAUUUUAUGCAAUUCAGCCGGUUUUUGUUUUGUUUUUUUUAUUUUUUAACAAGGACCAGAGUCGUGUCAUUCCUUGUCGUGCGGCGGGCGGGCGGGGGGGACAGGAAGUGUGUGUGUGUGUGUGUGUGUGUGUGUGUGUGUGUGUGUGUGUGUGUGUGUGUGUGUGUGUGUGUGUGUGUGUGUGUGUGUGUGUGUGUGUGUGUGUGUGUGUGUGUGUGUGUGUGUGUGUGUGUGUGUGUGUGUGUGUGUGUGUGUGUGUGUGUGUGUGUGUGUGUGUGUGUGUGUGUGUGUGUGUGUGUGUGUGUGACGUUCCAGAAGUGGUUGCUCAUUUCCCCCUGUGAUGGCAAGGCGGUGUGCCCUGACACCAGCACUACUACCUCAGCAAGUGUUGUGUGCUGGUCCCAGGUGCGCGCCUCACCUUCACCCAUCCCACACCUUUUUCAUUUCCUCACAUGAUGUCUAUUAUUUGCGCUUGGAUUCAAAGGACUUGGAUCACAAACAUGACUAGAAAGAUGACAAAUAUUCCCUAAACCUGUCUUUUUUGUUGUUGUUUUUUUUUUUUUUUUACUUUGAAGGCCAAAAUACACUCAUGAACCUUUGAAUCAAAGUCUUUUCUGUCUUUAUUCAAAAAUGAAUUUCUGCACUCACCGGUGUCAACUGGCCCCUCCCCCUUUGUCCUCAGCACUUUUGUAUAGAUUCUAUAUUCAUAACCUGACACUAGUCCCUAUCUAUUGUUUGGUCUAUGUUUUUGUUAUUGAUGUAAUUAACAUGUUAUUAAUAGUAACUAGACCCCAAUUAUAUCAAAACGGGUCUAAAACGGGUCUUGGUUUUUGGUUAACAUGUAAUAAACAUGUUAAUAAUAUUAGCUAGACCCCCAUCUAUAGCAGUAUUAGUUUUAAGUUAACCUGUAAUUAACAUGUUAAUCACUAUAUCCUAACUUUGCUUUGUUUUCGGUUAUUAACAUGUAGUAAACAUGUUAUUAAUAGUAACUUGACCCGAAUUAUAUAAAAAAAUGUCUUUGUAUUUGGUUAUUAACAUGUAAUAAACAUGUUAAUAGUAGCUAGACCCCCAACUAUAUCAGUCUUAUUAGUUUUAAUUUAACAUGUAGUUAACAUGUUAAUCACUAUCAAAAUUUGUCUUUGUUUUCAGUUAUUAACCUGUAAUAAACAUUAAUAGUAUUUAGACCCCCAACUACAUCAGUCUAUUAGUUCUAGCAACAUGUUAAUCAUAACUACACCCCAACUAUAUCGAAACUUGUAUUGGUUUUCAGUUAUUAACAUGUAAUAAACAUGUUAUUAAUAGUAACUAGACCCAACUAUAUCAGUCUAUUACAGUUUUAUUAACAUGUUAAUAAAUAUACCCACCUAUAUUAACACUUGUCAGUUUUCACUUAUUAACCUGUAAUAAACAUUAAUAGUAACUAGACCCCCAACUAUCAGUGUUAUAGUUUUCAGUUAACAUGUAAUAAACAUGUUAUUAAUAGUAACUAGACACCAAUUAUAUCAAAACUUGUCUUUGCUUUUGGUUAUUGACAUGUAUUAAACGUUGACAGUAGCUAUACCCCCCCCCCAACUAUAUCAGUCUAUUAGUUUUAAGUUAACAUGUUAAUCACUAUCAAAAUUUGUCUUUGUUUUCAGUUAUUAACAUGUAAUAAACACGUUAAUAGUAACUAGACCCCAACUACAUCAGUCUAUUAGUUCUAGUAACAUGUUAAUCACAACUACACCCAAACUAUAUCAGUCUAUUAUAGUUUUCAGUUAUUAACAUGUAAUAAACAUGUUAUUAAUAGUAACUAGACCAAACUACAUCAGUCAAUUAUAGUUUUAUUAACAUGUUAACUAGACCAGUUUUCAGUUAUUAACCUGUAAUAAACAAUAGUAACUAGACCCUCAACUACAUCAGUCUAUUAGUUCUAGUAACAUGUUAAUCAUAACUACACCCCAACUAUAUCAAAACUCGUAUUGGUUUUCAGUUAUUAACAUGUAAUAAACGUGUUAAUAGUAACAAUACCCAACUAUAUCAGUCUAUUAUAGUUUUAUUAACAUGUUAAUAACUAGACCCAACUAUAUCAAAACUUGUCAAUUUUCAGUUAUUAACCUGUAAUAAACAUUAAUAGUAACUAGACCCCCAACAAUAUCGGUAUUAUAGUUUUUAGUUAACAUAUAAUAAACAUGUUAUUAAUACUAACUGGACCCCAAUAUAUCAAAAAUUGUCUUAUCUUUGUAUUUGGUUAUUAACAUGUAAUAAACAUGUUAAUAGUUGCUAGACCCCCACCCAACUAUAUCAGUCUAUUAGUUUUAAGUUAACAAGUAGUUGACAUGUUAAUCACUAUCAAAACUUGUCUGUCUUCAGUUAACAUGUAAUAAACACGUUAUUAAUAGUAAUUAGACCCCCAACUAUAUCGGUAUAGUUUUUAGUUAACAUGUAAUAAACAUGUUAUUAAUACUAACUGGACCCCAAUAUAUCAAAAAUUGUCUUAUCUUUGUAUUUGGUUAUUAACAUGUAAUAAACAUGUUAAUAGUUGCUAGACCCCCACCCAACUAUAUCAGUCUAUUAGUUUUAAGUUAACAUGUAGUUAACAUGUUAAUCACUAUCAAAACUUGUCUGUCUUCAGUUAUUAACAUGUAAUAAACACGUUAUUAAUAGUAACUAGACCCCCAACUACAUCAGUCUAUUAGUUCUAGUAACAUGUUAAUCAUAACUACACCCCAACUAUAUCAAAACUUGUGUUGGUUUUCAGUUAUUAACAUGUAGUAAACAUGUUAUUAAUAGUAACUAGACCCAACUAUAUCAGUCUAUUAUAGUUUUAUUAACAUGUUAAUAACUAGACUCAACUAUUUCAAAACUUGUUAGUUUUCAGUAUUAACCUGUAAUAAACAUUAAUAGUAACUAGACCCCCAACUAUAUCGGUAUUAUAGUUUUUAGUUAACAUGUAAUAAACAUGUUAUUAAUAGUAACUGGACCCCAGUUAUAUCAACAAUUGUCUGUAUUUGGUUAUUAACAUGUAAUAAACAUGUUAAUAGUAGCUAGACCCCCAACUAUAUCAGUCUAUUAGUUUUAAGUUAACAUGUAGUUAUGUUAAUCACUAUCAAAACUUGUCUUUGUUUUCAGUUAUUAACAUGUAAUAAACAUUAAUAGUAACUACACCACCAACUAUAUCAGUAUUAUAGUUUUCAGUUAACAUGUAAUUAACAUGUUAAUCAUAACUAUAUCAAAACUGUCCACAUAAGUGGCCAUAGGACCCCAAUUCAGUAGUGUAUACACUUUUGGAAAUAAGAGCUAAAAGGUGCUGUCCACGCAUGUGGCCACUAAGCCUUUAAUCAUGACUAGACCCAACUAUAUCAAAACGUGUCAUAGUUUUCAGUUAUUAACAUGUAAUAAACAUUUUGAUAGUAACUAGACCCCAACUAAAUUAGUCUGUUAUAGUUUUAUUACCAUGUUAUUAAUAGUAACUCUACCCUAACUAUCAGUCUAUUAAUAACAAGUUAAUCAUGACUAGACUCAACUAUAUCAAAACUUGUGAUUAUAGUUUUCAGUUAUUAACAUGCAAUAAACAUGUUAAUAGUAACAACAUCCCAACUAUAUCAGUUUUAUUGGUGUUAAGUAAACAUGUAUGUAAUUAUCAUGUUAAUCAUAAUCAGACCCAAUUAUAUCAAAACUUGUCAUAGUUUUCAGUAAUAAACAUGUUAUUAAUAGUAACUAUAACCCAACUAUAUCAGUCUAUUAUAGUUUAAUUAACAUGUUAAUCAAAACUACACCAAACCAUAUCAACUAGUCAUAGUUUUCAGUUAUUAACAUGUAAUAAACAUGUAAUUAAUGGUAACUAGACCCCCCCCCAAACUACAUCAGUUCAUUAGUUUUAUUAACAUCUAAUUUACAUGUUAAUCAUAUAUAGUCUAUUAGUUUUAAAUCAACAUGUUAAUCCCUACACCCCAACUAUAUCAAAACGUGUCAUAGUUUUCAAUUAUUAACAUGUAAUAAACAUGUUAUUAUCAGUAACUAGAACCCAACUACAUCAGUCUAUUAUAGUUUUAACAUGCUAAUCACAACUAGACCCAAACUAUAUAAAAACUCAUUGUUUUUAGCUUUUAACCUGCAAUAAAAAUUAAUAGUAACUACAGCAGCUACAUUAGUUUAUUAUAGUUUUUUUAAUAUGCUAAUCAUAACUAGACCCCAACUAUUAUCAAAAUGUGUCAUUGUUUUUACUUAUUAACAUGUAAUAAACAUGUUAAUAGUAACUGGACAACUACAUCAGUCUAUUAUACAUUUAUUAACAUGUAAUUAACAUGUUAAUCAUAACUAGACCCCAACUAUAUCAAAACCUGUCAUAGUUUUCAGUUAUUAACAUGUAGUAAACAUGUUAAUAGUAUCUUGACCAACUACAUCAGUCUAUUAUAGUUGUAUUAACAUGUAAUUAACAUUUUAAUAGUAACUACACCCCCAACUACAUCAGUCUAUUAUCGUUUUAUUAACAUGUUAAUCAUAACUAGACCCCAACUAUCAAAACGUGUAAGUUUUCAGUUAUUAACAUGUAGUAAGCAUGUUAUUAAUAGUAACUAGACCCCCCCAACUACAUCAGUCUAUUAUAGUUUUAUUAACAUGAGAAUCAUAACUAGAUCCAACUAUAUCAAAACUUGUAUUGGUUUUCAGUUAACAUGUAAUAAACAUGUUAUUAAUAGUAACUAGACCCAACUACAUCAGUCUAUUAUAGUUUUAUUAACGUGUUCAUAACUACACCCCAACUAUAUCAAAACUGGUCAGUUUUCAGUUAUUAACCUGUAAUAAACAUGAAUAAUAACUAGACCCCAACUAUAUCGGUAUUAUAGUUUUCAGUUAACAUGUAAUUAACGUGUUUAUCAUAACUAGACCCCAACUAUAUCAAAACUUGUCAUAGGUUUCAGUUAUUACCAUGUAAUUAACAUGUUAUGAAUAGUAACUAGACCCCCCCAACAACAUCAGUCUAUUAUAGUUGUAUUAACAUGUAAUUAACAAUUUAAUCAUAACUAAACCCCAACUAUAUCAAAACUUGUCAUAGGUUUCAGUUAUUACCAUGUAAUAAGCAUGUUAUAAAUAGUAACUAGACCCCCCCAACCACAUCAGUCUAUUAUAGUUUUGUUAACAUGUUAAUCAUAACUAGACCCCAACUAUAUCAAAAUCUGUCAUAGUUUUUAGUUAUUAACAUGUAAUAACCAUGUUAUUAAUAGUAACUUGACCCCCAACUACAUCAGUCUAAUAUAGUUUUAUUAACAUGUAAUUAACAUGUUAAUCAUAACUAUACCCCAACUAUAUCAAAAUUUGUCAUAGUUUUCAGUUAUUAACAUGUAAUAAACAUGUUAAUAGUAACCAGACUCCCAAUCCUAAAAACCUGUCUUUUAUAGUUUUAGUUAUUAACAUGUAAUUAACAUGUUAUUAAUAGUAACUAGACCCCAACAAUAUCACAACUUGUCUAUUAUAGUUUUAAGUUAUUCACAUGUCAUUAACAUGUCAAUAAUAACCAGACCAACUAUAUCCAAACUUGUCUAUUAUAGAUUUUAGAUAACAUGUAAUAAACAUGUUAUUAAUAGUAACUACACCAACUAUAUCACAACUUAUUAUAGUUUUCUGUUAAUCAACAUGUUAAUAGUAACUAGACUCCAACUAUAUCAAAACUUGUGUAUUAUCGUUUUUAGUUAUUGACUUGUAAUUAACAUGUCAUAGUUAUGAUUGACACGAUAGAAUUAUGAUUGACAUGAUAUAAAUAUGAAUAACGUCUUGGAAUGAUGAUUGACAGGAUAUAAUUUUGAUUGACAUGUUGGAAGUACGAUUGACAUUAUAUAAUUAUGAUUGACAUUUUAUUAUGAUUGGCAUGUUAAUAUUAUGAUUGAUAUAUAAUGAUAGGUUAUAAGAUAGGUUCCGCGACCCUGAAAGGGACAGUCGGUAGGAAAUGGAUGGAUGGACGAUAAAUUAUGAUUAACGUGUUGGCAUGAUGACUGGCAUGAUAUAAUUAUGAUUGACAUGAUAUGAUUAUGAUUAACGUGUUGGCAUGAUGACUGGCAUGAUAUAAUUAUGAUUGACAUGUUAUGAUUGUGAUUAACGUAUGAGAAGGAUGAUUGACAUGAUAUAAUUAUGAUUGACAUAUUAUGAUUGACAUGUUAUAAUGAUGAUUGACACAUUGUGAUUGACGUGUUAUAAUGAUGAUUGACACAUUAAAAUUGACAUGUUAUAAUUAUGAUUGACAUGUUGGAAAUAUGAUUAUCAUGAUAUAGUUAUGAUUGCCAUUUUGUUAUGAUUGACAUAUUAUGAUUGACAUGUUGGAAAUAUGAUUGACAUAAAUUAUUGUUCACUUGUAAUUAUGAUUGACAUAUUAUGAUUGACAUGUUGGAAUAUGAUUGACAUAAAUUAUGGUUCACUUGUAAUUAUGAUUGACAUAUUAUGAUUGACAUGUUAUAGUUAUGAUUGACAUAAAUUAUGCUUCGCAUGUUAUAAUUAUGAUUGACAUUCUAUGAUUGACAUAUUAUGAUUGAUGUGUUAUAAUUAUGAUUGACAUGUUAUAAUUAUGAUUGACACAUUAUAAUUGACAUGUUAUAAUUAUGAUUGAUGCAUUAUGAUUGACAUGUGAUUGACAUGUUACAAUUAUGAUUGACACAUUAUGAUUGACAUGUUACAAUUAUGAUUGACAUAUUAUAAUUGAAAUGUUAUGAUUAUGAUUGACAUAUUAUAAUUGACAUGUUAUAUUUAUGAUUGACAUAUGAUUGACAUGUUAUAAUUAUGAUUUACAUAUUAUGAUUGACAUGUUAUAAUUAUGAUUGACAUGUUAUAAUCAUGAUUGACAUAUUAUGGUUGACAUGCUAUAAUUAGGAUUGACACAUUUAAAUUGACAUGUUAUAAUUAUGAUUGACAUAUUAUAAUUUACAUGUUGUAUUUAUGAUUGACAUAUGAUUGACAUGUUAUGUUUAUGAUUGACAUAUUAUGAUUGACAUGUUAUAAUUAUGAUUGACAUAAAUUAUGGUUCACAUGUUAAAAUGAUGAUUGACACGACAGUUAUGAUUGACAUGUUAUCAUUAUGAUUGCCAUGAUAUAAUUAUGAUUGACAUGUUAUAAUUAUGAUUGACACAUUAUGAUUGACAUGUUAUCAUUAUGAUUGCCAUGAUAUUAUGAUUGAAAUGUCAUAAUUAUGAUUGACAUAAAUUAUGGUUCUCAUGUUAGAAUGAUCAUUGACAUGUUAAAAUGAUGAUUGACACGACAGUUAUGAUUGACAUGUUAUCAUUAUGAUUGCCCCAUUAUGAUUGACACGUUAUAAUUAUGAUUGACAUAAAUGAUGGUUCACAUGCUAGAAUGAUCAUUGACAUGUUAAAAUGAUGAUUGACACGACAGUUAUGAUUGACAUGUUAUCAUUAUGAUUGCCAUGAUAUAAUUAUGAUUGACAUAUUAUGAUUGACAUGUUAUAAUUAGGAUUGACACAUUAUGAUUGAUAUAUUAUAAUUGACAUGUUAGAGUUAUCAUUGACAUAUUAUAAUUGACAUGUUAUAUUUAUGAUUGACAUGUUAUAGUUAUGAUUGACAUAUUAUGAUUGACACAUUAUAAUUAACAUAAAUGAUGGUUCACAUGCUAGAAUGAUCAUUGACAUGUUAAAAUGAUGAUUGACACGACAGUUAUGAUUGACAUGUUAUCAUUAUGAUUGCCAUGAUAUAAUUAUGAUUGACAUAUUAUGAUUGACAUGUUAUAAUUAGGAUUGACACAUUAUGAUUGAUAUAUUAUAAUUGACAUGUUAGAGUUAUGAUUGACAUAUUAUAAUUGACAUGUUAUAUUUAUGAUUGACAUGUUAUAGUUAUGAUUGACAUAUUAUGAUUGACACAUUAUAAUUAACAUAAAUGAUGGUUCACAUGCUAGAAUGAUCAUUGACAUGUUAAAAUGAUGAUUGACACGACAGUUAUGAUUGACAUGUUAUCAUUAUGAUUGCCAUGAUAUAAUUAUGAUUGACAUAUUAUGAUUGACAUGUUAUAAUUAGGAUUGACACAUUAUGAUUGACAUAUUAUAAUUGACAUGUUAUAAUUAUGAUUGACAUAUUAUAAUUGACAUGUUAUAUCUAUGAUUGACAUAUGAUUGACAUGUUAUAGUUAUGAUUGACAUAUUAUGAUUGACAUGUUAUAAUUAUGAUUGACAUAAAUUAUGGUUCACAUGUUAAAAUGAUGAUUGACACAACAGUUAUGAUUGACAUGUUAUCAUUAUAAUUGCCAUGAUAUAAUUUUGAUUGACAUGUUAUAAUUAUGAUUGACACAUGAUGAUUGACAUGUUUUGAUUGACAUAAAUUAUUGUUCACAUGCUAGAAUGAUCAUUGACAUGUUAAAAUGAUGAUUGACACGACAGUUAUGAUUGACAUGUUAUCAUUAUGAUUGCCAUAAUAUAAUUAUUAUUGACAUGUUAUAAUUAUGAUUGACACAUUAUGAUUGACAUGUUACCAUUAUGAUCGCCGUGAUAUAAUUAAGAUUGACAUGUUUGGAUUCUGAUUGACAACACGUGUGUGCUUCUCCCUUCUUUCAACGCCUUCCGAUGGCCCUUGUGUCACUGGAGUGAGUAUUCCCCCACGCCUGCAGUGUGCUGCCCCCUGCUGGUGUGGAGGCACUUUUCCCACUUUCACACCUGUGACGGCUCACCUGCUUCUUCUUUCUCGCUCAUGUUGCACUUUCUCUCUUCCAGGUUGGCUCUCCUGACAACCUGCACGCACUUUAGGCGGCGGCCGGAGUCGCAGCUCCACGUGACACACACACACACACACACACACACACACACACACACACACACACACACACACACACACACACACACACACACACACACACUUCUGACUUUUGACCUGUGAAGACGGUCAAAUGUUCUUGCCUGCUUUUGUUUUCUGUUCUUGCGUGCUUUUAUUUUCUGACUUUUGACCUGUAAAGAAAGUAAAAAUGUUCCUGCCUGCUUUUAUUUUCUGACUUCGAAGAAGGUGACUUCCUGAACUUAAAAGCCUCCCCGGACCACGGCUGCUUUUUUUACAUUCCACUCGUGAAGGUUUGGAGAAGAGGACUUUGAAUUUUUUUUUUACACUUUGCCCCAAACGAGGGAUGAUUCUUCUUGUCUGCACUCCUCCCAGCUUAUGUUGUUUCAAGGACAUCUGAGCAAGGCCUAGAGGUCGUCAAAGUGAGGCGUGGUGCCUGGCCGACAGAAAUAUAAACAUGUGAACGUCAACUUCCUGUAGAAAAUAAGAUGGCUGUAGUUCCAAGUGCUUUCUGGCUAAUAAAUCUUAUUGAAACUC